AUGGGAAAGCUAUUUGAAUGGAGACCUACUGAUAGGUUGAUACGUGGCAAGUUAAUAAAACCCUUUUUACCGAUUAAGAGGUAUCCCCAGCUUUCACUAGAAAAUGAGCACUUCAAGAACUUAUAUCAUGGAGAUGAGUUGUAUAUCUUUGAGCAGACAACAGAUGAGAAAUGGUGCAGAGCUUAUCUUGUAUUACAACCUCUGCCAGAAGACUUUGUUACUCUGAUGCAUUAUCAUUCAGGCAACUUGCCAGAUGGGAGGUUUAGUAUGGUUGUUUGUCCUAAGAAGUUUAUCCACUUAUUUUUAGACGAAAAGGUACCAGUGAUCUCUUUCUUCAAGCUGCCAGAUGCUGUAGAAGGUAAAAAAUAUAUUCAUAAUAACGAUGUACCAACUUUGCAUGAUGUAAUAGACUCUGUGAACUCUGAGAAAGCUAAAAGUUUAAGACGGAUUAAGAACGAAAAACCGAUGAGACCCCCAUUUCCAUAUUUUAAAUUGCAUGAUAAAUCUAUAACAGAGGAAGUUUAUGCAGUGUUGUCUCUAUUAUGUUCUCAUAUUUAUUCAAUGUACACUUCAGGAGAUUUUGAAAUAUACGAUUGGUUGAUGCGUCUGUACUAUCAGCUGGAUGACGUUCGUUUGACGUUAGAAAAUAAUCUUGUCACCUUGGAGGAGAGAAAUCAGCUAGUUGGUCAAGUGAUUGCACUAACUACCAAAAUUGCAAGGUACUUAUCCACUAAAGGUGCCAAUAAGUUUGAACGUACAAAUUCAUCUACAGUUGAUCCAACAGGAUAUGAUAGUAUUCUAACACGGGAUUUAUCCACUGGUAACUUUCUCACAUAUAAUGAUUCAGAUCCUCAUCUGGUAGCAUCAAGUACAAUGUUAAAUGCUUUAGCUCCAAACUUCCCUAUUUCAUAUCAGGCUGAUUGCCAACUAGAAACAGAAAAAAAUGCAAAAUUUACUUCUGUAGAGCCAUCUCAGCUGCUUGUCGAUUUUAAAGACGUUAUGGCGGCUCCAGAAUUCCAAAAAGAUUUCACGAAGUUGUCCGCCUACAUGUACCUACGAACAGCAAAGAAUCGAUUGACUGAACCCUUUGUUGUUCAAGUUAAUUCAGACAAUAUUCUUUCAUUGGAAAGUAUUUCGGCAACGCUGUUCAACAAUAUACCGGCUUCAGAAAUUGAUAACUCUAGAAUAUAUUUGGUUGUUGAGCUAGUUGAAACAUUGGAGCUAGAACUUCUAGAAAUCGUGCGUGCCGAUGAAAUGACUACAAAGACCGUUACUGUAUCAUCUCCUACUGAUCAGAGAAUUACACAACUACGAAAAGGUAUUGCUGUUGGUGUGGCUGACAUCUCAAGGGUUUUCGCCAGGGGUAAGAAAUCAUACUCGGAUGAGGCUUUUCACUACAAAGUGAGCUUAUUUGGUUCUUAUUUCAAGCAAAAAAUCAACAAUGAUAAUCUGCAGCGCCCAAGUACUGUUUAUUCUGAACUAGAUAAUGCUACUCCUAACACGUCACAAGAUAUUGGUAAGGUCAUUAAAAAUAUGAACAAUUCUGAAAAUAAUGGUUGGGGAGAACUGGUUGACAGAAUUAUAGCAGACUCUGAUAAAGGUAUUGCAGUUGAUCCUAGAGCUCAAUCUCUCACUGUUACUGUGAAAGAGAUUAAAGACAGCACAGCACGGAUUUUUGAUACAGACAAGUUUUCUGCUAUUAAGUGCGUACCACCAUAUUUCUAUGAUACGCUAUCUGAACCGGUCGAUAGAAUUUACUUGACCUUGGGAAAGGUCCGGUUUUGUGACCCUUCAACUGAUUUCAAUUUCGAUAAUAUUACUAUUAGCGUUAGCGCAGCGAAUAAAAACAUAGUGUUUAGAAAUGGUUUCAACGAAUCCCCAACAAGUUGCUGGCAGUUCAUCUCUGUUAAGCCCGAUGAGUCUGUUGGAGAGACGAUUAGGGUUGAUGGUAUACCUGCAAUGGACAAAGACGAAACUCUAAGAGUUUCCGCAUGUUGUGGCACGUUACUGGCGAAAGCCAAGUUCUACAUAAAGAAAGGAAACCAGAUACUUGAAUACAAAAAGAACUCUUCCUUUCAAUUGAUGUCAGCUCAGAAUAAGCCCUUAAUUGAAGUUGAAAUUGGAACGGAGUAUGUUGGUCAAACUUUUAACAUGGAAAGAUCGAUAUAUAAUAUAUUAUCGCUUUGGAGAAGAUCUCCAAGCGGCGAAGUUUCAGGAGAUGAGGAAACUGAAGAAUCUUUAACCAUGAAAAUUAUGGCAUUAAAAAAUGUUAGUACCAUUCAACUAGUAAAAUACUUUGAUUCAUUAUUGGUUAGAUAUUUGGAACUUAACUAUGCUAUUCUACAAACUGAAAGGCAGAAAUCUUCAUCAGCUUUUAAGGACACAAUAUUAUAUUCUUUAGUGUACUUUUUGGACAAGGUGGUUGUACUUCAGGAUAGUUACAAGCAUCUUUUCCAUGAUUUUAUCGAAAAAUUUAGUCGGUUAGGUAAUAAUCUGCCUCCUGUGGGUCCUGUAUUAUUAGAUGCGAUGGCAAACCAAUUAUCAUCGGCUGACGUUAACUGGAAUUAUGUUGGUAGAGCUUGUUGCCGCACACAUGCCCUGGUGGUUCAAUUGUGUUUGAUUACUUCACGAGAUGCUAUUGAAGAAUUGAAACUAUCUCUAAAAUCGUACUUUAAUGGAUUAUCAAGGUUCUUUGCUUAUAACAAGGACUCUGCUUUAAUGGAUCAAAUGAAGAUAUUAGAAGAUUUUGAUAUUGUUAUCGAUUCAGUAAAGGAUUACUUUACAGCUGAUGAACUACUUGGUUUUUGUUCCUCCCUAUUUAGUAUGUGCCAUGAAAAAGAAUUAGCCCUUGGAAUAUCGAAAAAUCCGUUAAAUACGAAAGAACAGAAGUUCAUUAACAAGAAGUUCUUGCUAUUGCGUCGGUUGCUAGAACAUGAUCCAGUUAAGGGGUAUCUAUUUGCUGCUGAUCAGGAGUCUGAAUAUGCUUUGUCGUUCAUAAACAAGGCUAUUGAAUGGUCGUUACAGCCAUUAAUGAAAAAGAAGCUCAAAUAUUUAGAUGUUAACUCCAUCAGAGUUGCUAAUGGUGUCAUAGUCUCAAUACUCAAAUACGCAAAGAAUACAAGGUUACGGAAAAAUCUAACUAGGCUUAUUCCCACAUUUUGCCGCUUUUUUAUUUCAUUGUACAAGUAUUCUGAAGAGUUUGAACAAUUGAAAUUUAGUAGAACUUUCACAUCAUUAUUCCCGACCAGUAUACCAUUGAAUAAAAUUACUACAGAUUCAAUUGUUAAAGAAGAAGUCACUUCGGAACCACUGAUUGAAUUGGCUACCAUCUUAACCUGGGCGAUUAGGCAUGCUGAAGGCGUAUACGGUGAAGCUCCAUCCUUCAUUGAAAUAACAAACGACUGCAAAGAAGAUAAAAUCUUUAAUUCAGCGUUUUAUAUUUCCUCUUUCACCAAAGAAGACAUAAUGAGCGCAAUUAAUACAGUAGAUUUGAUGACUAAUGGGACUUACUUCCCUUCGAAAAGAUGGCUAAGUAUGACUGCUAUGUUUGUCAGAUCAUCUGUGACUCUGUUGCACUUGUACAAAGAUAUCUUGAUAAGAUAUAACCUCCCGCCUCCUGGCGCUUCAUUUGACAAAUUUGAUACAAAUCUUUGGUCCUCAUAUUUGAAAAGAAUUCUAGAAUUAGGAAAUCACAGAGUUUGCAGUCUUGUUUCGUUAUCAGAAUCACCUAGAAAGGCAGUAUAUAUGAUGACAGGAGAUAUCAGGAGUCGAAUCGCUUGGAUUUUAGAAGAUUGUUGGCAGGCUACUGCAGAAGGUGUAACAGAUGAUCGCAACCUAAAGAGGUUUGGUGUGCAUAAUGUUGGGGGGUUUCAAGUUCUUCUGUUCAGAGACAAUGAAGAUGUUGUACGUGAGUUCUUAACAUUUGCUUUUCAAUGGCAUUCCGAAGCCAGAAGGGUAUGUGCCUGGUUAACAUGGGCAAUAUGCAUCAAUGUUUGGAAUAUCCAUCAUACGUUAACUAUUGCAGGGCAGCAAACCGUUUCGGUGUUGUACACUACCUGUCAAACUGGUAGGAUCAUGACAACUAAGCAUGGAUUGGUUUCAUUUUUCAGUUUUUUGAUGCACACCGUGCAUAUAAACCGAGAUGAUGAAGCGUUGGAUGAUGUUAUUGAUUAUGUCUCCUCAAUGUAUACAAUGAUGAAUAUUGUUUCAGAUAUGCAAGAUUUACCGAUGAGUGAAGAGUUUGGUGACCUGAGAACUGCAAGCCAGCUAAGCAUUUUUGGUUAUUUAAUGGCAGCAAAUAAGCCGGAGGCUUUCCAUACAUUGAUCAACGAUUUCUUUCUACGCAGUGUGAAAAAGAAAGAUUACGCACAGGCUGCAUUAUCUUUAGAAUUAUUAGCAGACACGUACAAGUGGAUUCCAAACGAUGUUCUACCGGCUAUUCAGAAACCUCCUUUACCAAAGCAGUCAUCAUUUGAAAGAAAAGAAUAUCUUUGUAAGGAGGCUGCCAGAAAUUUUGCCAAAGGAUCAAAGCUUGAAAAAGCUUUAACAAUCUAUAAGGAUCUGGCAGAGGCUUACGAAACAAUUAACUAUGAUCUGAAUGGUCUAGCUUACGUUCAUGAGCAGAUUGCAAACUUGUAUACUGAUUUGCAAAAUAUUGACCGGUUGGUGCCAUCAUACUUUAAAGUUACCUUCAUUGGAUAUGGAUUUCCUGCUUCAAUAAGGGGUAAAGUGUUUGUUUUUGAAGGGUUGCCCUUUGAACAUAUCACUUCAAUUCAGACAAGAAUGAUGAAGAUGUAUCCUGGUACUAAAAUUGUACAGUCACAAGAAGAAUGUGAUCAGCUACUACUUGAUAUGCCAGCUGUGAAGCGGCUGCAUGUAAUUGCUGUGGAACCAAAGUUUAAAAUUUCUGAAGACUACCGCGUUGCAGGGAAAAAAUUUCAUGUCGAUAACAAAAUUAGAAUAUGGAUAGAAAAUACAGAUUUGAAAACGUUUUGUCAUUCUAAGAGGUUACCUGGUGCUACUUCGGUAACGAACCUAUGGGUCAGAGAAUUCACUUAUCAAACUGUGAGCACUUUCCCAACAUUGCUAAAUAGAUCCGAGGUAUGCAGCGUGACUGAAAGAGACUUAUCUCCUAUUGAAAACGCUAUAAAAUCUUUGGAAGUUAAAAUUCAAGAUCUUAUCGGCUUAGAAAAUGUGUGCUACAAGUUGAUCAAAGAAAGUGGUGAUUGUAACGAGCUGUUUGCAGAAUUAUCAAGAGAACUAAAUGGGACUAUAGAUGCACCGGUUAAUGGAGGGAUUGCUCAGUACAGAGCAUUCUGUAAGCUUGAACUUGACGAGCAUCUUUCAGCAUCUCAGGUAGAACAAUUGAAGUCAUUAUUCGAUGACUUAGCCAUAGUCUUGAAUCGAUGCUUGGCAUUACAUUUUGAACUAUGUCCCCCAGGUUUUAUGAAAUCUUUUGACAUGAUGUGUGAGCAAUUUGAAAGGAACUUUGAGGAUGAAAUAAAGAGAAAUAACAUUGAUGUUCAACGGUACACAAACGACAUAUUGGAUAGUCUAAAAUCGGUUUCCUUUGGUCAUCCUUUCAAUAAAAACAGAUCAACAACCCCUCAGAGCUCUUUAGUAACCAUAGAAAGAUCCUCCGGCAGUAGUAAUUAUAGUUCUAAAGGAUCUUCCUACAAAGCAUCUCCAUACAAAAACAGUUUAUCAAAUACAACAAUGAUGAUUCCCAGAAUUUGA